UGAUUGGCGGGCACGAUGCCCAGCUGGCUCUCCCACCGCUACCCACCCCCAAACAGGAAGCCACAAAGCAGAACCCGGAGCAGAUUGAAUAGGAGGAAGUCUCCAGCCUUCUACGCACAGAAAUUUUGGCUGAAAGGAGGGAGGGAGGGAGGCAGCUCAGCAGCAAGUGCUCUCAGAGGCACCCGCGCCUUGCGAGGGAAGCACGCUGAGCUUUCAGUGAGGAACCGUUUCCGUGAGGAAUCUUUCCGUUCUGGGGUGGAAGCCUGGGCCAGCACCCGAAGGCUCCAUGUCGGGAAGCCGCCAAUCAACACCCCACGUCGGUCCGACUCUGCCAUCUCCGUCCGCUCCCUGCAUUCAGAGUCCAACAUGUCCCUGCGGUCAACCUUUUCUCUCCAUGAGGAAGAGGAAGAACCAGAGCCUCUGGUGUUUGCUGAGCAGCCUUCAGUGAAACUCUGUUGCCAGUUGUGUUGCAGUGUGUUUAAGGACCCUGUGAUCACAACCUGUGGGCACACGUUUUGCAGGAGAUGUGCCUUAACGUCUGAGAAGUGCCCAGUGGACAACGCCAAACUGACGGUGGUGGUCAACAACAUUGCCGUCGCAGAGCAGAUUGGGGAGCUUUUUAUUCACUGCAAGUACGGCUGCCGGCCCGCGACUAGUGGCAAGCCCCCUACCUUCGAGGUGGAUCCCCACGGGUGCCCCUUCACCAUUAAACUGAGUGCCAGGAAGGACCAUGAAGGCAGCUGUGACUAUCGGCCCGUGCGCUGCCCCAACAACCCCAGCUGCCCGCCGCUGCUCAAGAUGAACCUGGAGGCCCACCUCAAGGAGUGCGAGCACAUCAAGUGCCCCCAUUCCAAAUAUGGCUGUUCCUUCAUUGGUAACCAAGACACCUACGAAACGCACUUGGAAAUGUGCCGAUUCGAGGGCCUGAAGGAGUUCCUCCAGCAGACGGAUGACCGCUUCCACGAGAUGCAGGUGGCCAUGGCCCAGAAGGACCAGGAGAUUGCCUUCCUGCGGUCCAUGCUGGGCAAGCUGUCCGAGAAGAUCGAUCAGCUGGAGAAGAACCUGGAACUGAAGUUUGACGUCCUGGAUGAAAACCAGAGCAAGCUGAGUGAGGACCUCAUGGAAUUCCGAAGGGACGCCUCCAUGCUCAACGAUGAGUUGUCCCACAUCAAUGCACGGCUGAACAUGGGGAUCUUGGGCUCCUAUGAUCCCCAGCAGAUCUUCAAGUGCAAGGGCACCUUUGUCGGGCACCAGGGCCCCGUCUGGUGUCUCUGUGUCUACUCCAUCGGGGAUUUACUCUUCAGUGGGUCAUCUGACAAAACCAUCAAGGUGUGGGAUACCUGUACCACCUACAAGUGCCAAAAGACUUUGGAGGGCCACGACGGGAUUGUCCUGGCGCUCUGCAUCCAAGGGAACAAGCUGUACAGUGGCUCUGCUGACUGCACCAUCAUUGUCUGGGAUAUUCAAACCUUGCAGAAAGUUAACACCAUCCGUGCGCAUGACAACCCUGUGUGCACUCUGGUCUCCUCACACAACAUGCUGUUCAGUGGCUCCCUGAAAGCCAUCAAGGUCUGGGACAUCGUGGGCACAGAGUUAAAGCUGAAGAAGGAGCUGACUGGCCUCAACCACUGGGUCCGGGCGCUAGUGGCAUCCCAAAACCACCUGUACAGCGGCUCCUACCAAACCAUCAAGAUCUGGGACAUCCGGAACUUGGAAUGUGUGCAUGUUCUGCAGACUUCGGGGGGCAGCGUCUACUCCAUUGCGGUCACCAACCACCAUAUUGUCUGUGGCACCUAUGAGAAUCUCAUUCAUGUGUGGGACAUCGAGUCCAAAGAGCAAGUGCGCACCCUGACAGGACACGUGGGCACCGUCUACGCCCUCGCCGUUAUCUCUACACCUGACCAAACCAAAGUCUUCAGUGCUUCGUACGACCGGUCGCUACGGGUAUGGAGCAUGGAUAACAUGAUCUGCACGCAGACUCUGCUGCGCCACCAGGGCAGCGUCACAGCGCUGGCAGUCUCCAGGGGCCGCUUGUUCUCCGGGGCUGUCGACAGCACGGUUAAGGUUUGGACAUGCUAGCGGGCACCAUCGCCUGCUCUGGAACACCGGAUUACCAAAUCUUCCUCCAGCUCGCACUUGAUGUACUGCUUUCCUUCACUCUGAAGCCCUUCCACCACCCAUGGGCUGGGACACACACAGAGAGAGAGAGAGAGCCCAUGACACCCCUCUGCGCUGCCUGCCAGGAACACGUCAAACUGGACAGUGUGAUGGGCGAUAAAGCUGACCAACCGCAUCUACCUGUGGCUUCUUUCCCAAAUCACGGUGCGUGGCAGGGGUGGGGGUGGGAGGGAGUCUGUCUGAUCCUGUCCCAAGUGGCCCAAUGAAGGCUCCAAAGGCUUUCUAGCUCAGCAGAGGGAAGGUACACCGUGGCAUGUGGGUCUCAAGACAGCCCGCGUGACUUGAAAUGGUGGCCUGGAAGGGGCGUCUGUGUCAGCGGCUGCAGCUCCCAUUGCCGGUCGCAAUACCAGAGCCAAGGAUGUGGGCGAGGAGGAACUGGACGACCCCCUCCUCUCUGCUCUGGGGCUUGAUUUUCCCACCCUGGUCUUUCUUUUGUGCCCACCGCCAACCAUGAAGCCUAGUUUUCCUCUCGUGUAACCAGGUACGAUUUUUAUGUCACACACCACACCCCACCCCACCCCACCCCCUCUGUCCCUUCCUUUCGCGCCAGGUACCCCAAGGCCACCUCCUCACUGCAUCAUGCCAUAGAACAGCCUCCGUGGUAAAGACAGGGAGAGCCUGCUGUUGUGUUUAUACUUACAUUUUUUCUACUGUUUUUAAGAUUGUGAUAGCGAUUUCAAUUCUUUCUUCCUUGACAAUAAAAAUGGACCAUUGUUUUAGGCAACCCUGA